AUGUCUUCUAUCGCUGCGCAAGCCAAGAUUAUCGACGAGGUCAAAAUUGACAUUCUCACUCAGACACAAGAUGCGGACAACGCAAAAUGGUUGAGGGAUGUGUCCCGGAGCUUCGUCUCCGACACUAUCACAGCACCUACGGAGGACAUGUACGCAUAUGCUGUGCGGGCAUCUCUCGGCGACGACGUCUACAAUGAGCCCUGCACCAAAAUUCUUGAGACGCACAUGGCCAAGUUGACCGGAAAAGAGGCUGCCCUCUUUGUCCCCUCUGGCACCAUGUCUAACCAGCUUGCGCUCCGCGCGUACUGUCAUCUCACUAUAAGCAAGAAAUGUGCUCAUACGUGGGCGUUUAGAUAUGAAGCGGGCGGAACUGCGUUCCAUUCCGGUGCACAACUUGAAUGCGUGCUUCCUUCCAACGGACAUCACUUGACUCUUGAGGAUGUCCAAAAUAACGUUGUCAUUAGCUCCGACGUGCACAGCUGCCCAACUGCAAUAAUCGAACUCGAGAAUACCUUGAACGGCACUAUCAUCCCACAAGAGGAGGUUAUCGCAAUUUCAGAUUAUGCGCAUAGCAACGGCAUCAUAAUGCAUCUUGACGGCGCGCGUAUCUGGCAUGUAGCAGCAGAGACCGGAACUUCUAUCAAGGAUUUAUGUGAUCCGUUUGACUCAGUCAGCCUCUGCUUCAGCAAGGGUCUCGGUGCACCAAUUGGUUCGUGCCUCGUCGGCAGCCAGGCAUUCAUCACUCGUGCGAGGUGGUUCCGAAAGAUGUUCGGUGGCGGGAUGCGGCAAACUGGCUUUAUGGCUGCCGCUGCCGCUUAUGCACUCACGUACAACUUUGCCAAGCUGCUGGACGUCCAUGCCCUCGCACGCAAACUGGAGGUUGGCCUCGAGGAGAUCGGUGUCAAGAUCACCAGCCGCGCUGAGACCUGCAUGGUUUUCUACGACCCCUCGCCCGUUGGCGUCAGCUAUGCUGAGAUCGUGAGUCGCGCGGGCAGCCUUGCAAGCCCCAUCAAGCUUGGUGGCUCGCGCCUCGUUGUGCACAUUCAGACGACCGAAGAGACCAUUGACGACUUCCUCGCGCUCGUCCGAGAGCUGGCACAGGAAAAGAAGGCGGCAGGCUUUGAUCCGUCGGCACAGAAAGGUCAGCCAAACGGCCGUGCGAAUACCAAUAUCUAUGUCAAGGUCGCGCAGGCGGACGUCGCGAAGCUACAGAAGGAGUGA